AUGGGCGCCGGCAGCUGCAUCUGGAGAGGUUGGACCUUGAAGAGUGAAGUUCUGAUGCGAGAGGCGGGCACUUGCUUCCUGCUCUGCGCCUGGCUCGGCCUGGGGGUCCCUGUCCUGGGGGACAGAGGAGGGCCAGGGCCUGGGGCUUUCACCUGCUACAAUAACAACAUCCUCAGGAUUGAGUGCCGCUGGCCUAGCCCAACGCCAGGCCAGGGAGCCGGCUCCUGGCUGCUCUUCACCAGCAACCUCGCGCUGGGCAGCGAGCACAAGUGUGUCUUCUGGGCUGGCGUUUGCACCGUGGAGCUGCCGCCCGAGGAGGUCCUCGUGCCUGCUGACAACUUCACCAUCACCUUCCACCGCCACGUCUCUGGGAAGGAGCAGGUCAGCCUGGUGGAUCCACAGUAUCUGCCCCGGAGACACGUGAAGCUGGACCCCCCCUUGGACUUGCAGAGCAACGUCAGCUCUGAGCACUGUGUCCUGACCUGGAGCAUCAGUCCUGCCUUGGAGCCGCUGGCCACGCUCCUCAGCUAUGAGCUGGCCUUCAAGAGGCAGGAGGAAGCCUGGGAGUGGGCUCGGCACAAGGAUCACAUCGUUGGGGUGACCUGGCUCAAACUUGAAGCUGCCGAGUUGGACCCCGGUUCUGCCUAUGAGGCCCGGCUGCGUGUCCAGAUGGCCACCCUAGAGGGCGAGGUGGCGGAGGAGGAGCGAUAUGACGGUGUGUGGAGUGACUGGAGCCAGCCUGCCUGCUUUGCUACCCCCCCGAGACGAGGUGGCCUGGUCCCGGCUCUGGGGCAGGCCGACAGCACCCUGGUCGCUGUGUCCAUCUUCCUCCUGCUGAGCAGCCUGACCUACUUACUGUUCAAACUGUCGCCCAGGAUGAAGACAGCCUUGUACCAGGACGUGCCGUCCCCAGGCCCAUUCUUCCAGCCUCUGUACAGCGUGCACAACGGGGACUUCCAGACCUGGAUAGGGGCCUGUGGAGCCGGCCCACAGGCCGGCCGGGACUGUGUUGGCCCCCCACGAGGAGCCCUCCUGGAGGCCCGUGUCCGGGAGGCCGUUGCUUUGCUGCACUGUGACCCAGCGGACGCCUGGCCGUCGGCGGGCCUGGAGGAGGAGGGCGGCCCUGGGCCCGGGCUCCCAGCAGGUGUGCCGCCAGCGGGACACGUGGAGCAGGCGGCGCCGUCGCCCGCCUACCUGCCUCAGGAGGACCGGGCCCCUGCUGGCCACCCCUGGCUGGCGCCCCCCCAGGGUGAGGGUAGCAGUGGUGACUACUGCGCCCUGGACUGCUCUGCGGGGAGCUGA